AAAACAAAAAGUAAAGAAAAAAAUAUUGAGAAAGGGCAGGUUCCAUGUCCCAUCCUCCAAUCUCAAAAGCCAGCCCCGCUUGUCGCAGUGGAGCAUUCCAAUAUCCAGCAGCGCUAUUAUUGUUCACUCGCUGGACACUGGCUCUGAGCUCCUCCCUCCUACGCCUUACCUCAUUAGAGUCCACUUCGAUCCGCCCCAGAAUCAGAGUCAGAACAGGGUUAGAUUUGUAGAUCUAUCCAGGUUCCGGGGGGAUUGCUUUCUUAUCUAUCGCUGUACGUGAAUUUUCAUCUCCACUAAUCUCUAGUCAUUUCUGCUUUUUCUUGGAAUUGGAAGAUCGUCGCUUAUCUUAAUUUUUAGUUGCCUCCUCUGUCGGUGCGGGCUUUUCUCUGAAAUUUGGGGAUCCAUACAUAUAUAAUCCCGUUGGUCCAUCGAAGGAAUUCAAGCAAGGAAGAAAAAGUUAAAAAAGGAACGAAUUAACUAGGAAGACGGUGAGAUGAGCAUGUACGGGAGAGAUCCGUGGGGGGGUCCGCUGGAGAUAAACGCGGCGGACUCCGCCACCGACGACGACAGAAGCAGGAACCUCCAGGACUUGGACAGGGCGGCGCUGUCCAGGCCUCUCGACGAGACGCAGCAGAGCUGGCUGCUGGGCCCCACCGAGCAGAAGAAGAAGAAGAAGUACGUCGAUCUGGGUUGCAUCAUCGUCAGCCGCAAGAUCUUUGUCUGGACCGUUGGCACCAUCCUCGCCGCCGGCUUCCUCGCCGGCUUCAUCACUCUCAUCGUCAAGACCGUCCCCCGUCAUCACCACUCCCACGCUCCUCCCGACAAUUACACCCUCGCCCUCCGGAAGGCUCUCAUGUUCUUCAACGCCCAGCGCUCUGGAAAACUCCCAAGGCAUAAUAAUGUUUCUUGGAGAGGAAACUCCUGCUUGAAUGAUGGCAAGUCCGAUUCAUCAUCUGUUAUAAAAAAUCUUGUGGGUGGCUAUUUUGAUGCUGGAGAUGCAAUUAAGUUCAACUUCCCUGCAUCUUUUGCCAUGACCAUGUUGAGUUGGAGUGUGAUUGAGUACAGUGCGAAGUAUGAAGCUGCUGGGGAGCUCAACCAUGUCAAAGAUGUAAUCAAGUGGGGGACAGAUUACCUUCUCAAGACCUUUAACUCCUCUGCUGAUACGAUAGACUCAAUUGCUGCACAGGUUGGGGUAGGGGAUACUUCAGGUGGAACUGAUCCUAAUGAUCACUAUUGUUGGAUGCGUCCUGAGGAUAUUGAUUAUCAGCGGCCUGUGUAUGAAUGUCAUAGCUGCUCGGAUCUGGCAGCAGAAAUGGCUGCUGCUUUGGCCUCAGCAUCCAUUGUUUUCAAAGAUAACAACGCCUACUCAGAGAAACUUGUUCAUGGUGCCAAAACCCUAUUUAAAUUUUCUAGGCAACAGCGUGGCAGAUACAGUGCAAGCGGUUCAGAUCCUUCACUUUUCUAUAAUUCCACUAGUUACUGGGAUGAGUUCAUAUGGGGAGGAGCUUGGUUGUAUUAUGCUACCGGGAAUUCUUCCUAUCUCCAGCUUGCUACUACUCCAGGUCUGGCCAGACAUGCUGGUGCUUUCUGGGGAGGCCCAGAUUAUGGCGUACUUAGUUGGGACAACAAGCUUGCAGGAGCUCAAGUGCUUCUAAGCCGUUUAAGAUUGUUUUUGAGCCCUGGGUAUCCAUAUGAAGAAAUGUUAAGGACGUUUCACAAUCAGACAAGCAUAAUUAUGUGUUCAUUCCUACCAGAUUUUACAAGCUUUAAUAGAACAAAAGGGGGUUUGAUCCAAUUAAAUCAUGGAAGGCCUCAGCCUCUUCAAUAUAUAGUCAAUGCUGCAUUCUUGGCCACAGUUUACAGUGAUUAUCUUGAAGCUGCAGAUACACCGGGAUGGUAUUGUGGACCCAAUUUCUAUUCAACUGAAGUCCUGCGUGAAUUUGCCAAGACCCAGAUUGAUUACAUUCUAGGCAAAAAUCCUCGGAGGAUGAGCUAUGUUGUGGGUUUUGGUAAUCAUUUCCCAAGACACAUCCACCAUAGAGGUGCAUCAAUACCUAAAAACAAGAUCAAGUACAACUGCAAAGGAGGAUGGAAAUGGAGGGACACCUCAAAGCCAAAUCCUAAUACAAUUGUUGGAGCUAUGGUUGCUGGUCCUGACAAGCAUGAUGGCUUUCGUGAUGUGCGGACUAACUACAACUACACAGAGCCAACGCUUGCAGGCAAUGCUGGCUUAGUUGCUGCGCUUGUUGCUCUCUCUGGUGAGAAGAAUACUGGAAUAGAUAAAAACACCAUAUUCUCCGCUGUUCCCCCAAUGUUUCCGACUCCACCGCCACCUCCAGCACCUUGGAAACCGUGAGAUAAGAUGCUCAAAUAAUCAUAAUUCCCUUGUGGGUCAGCUCAUUGUUAGAUGAUUUUGCUGCUGCUGUAGCUCCUACCUUUUGAAUCAGUUUAAAGGAACAGAAAAUACAGGGGCAUGUUGAUGAAUGGAAACUCUAAAAGAUGACUGGAGCCGAGGCAAAAACUGAGACUGAGAAGCGUAAUUUGGACACCUGGGCAUAUGUAUUUGUUUUGGUUUUGUGAUAUAUGUAGUAAAUAUGUAUGAAAUGAAUCUUGUAUUCUUUGUGACACUAGAUUUCCAACAGUUUGAAUUGGUUGACACUAAAUUCACAUUUAUUACCUCA